AUGGACUCUUCCUCUCCCUCCUCCUUCUCCUCUUCAUCUCCCACCGAGCAAUCCACCUUCUACGACGCCGUUUUUCCCGUCGCUAAAUCCCGCCGCACUCCUUCCUUCUCCUCGUCGUCCUCCUCCUCCUCCUCCUUAAACGACGACUCCCCUUCCCUCCCCGCCACCCCUCUCAACUACCCAUCCGGCGGCGUCCCAUUCUCCUGGGAAAAACUGCCCGGAAUCCCGAAAAAACCCGAUUCCCCGUCGCUAAAGGUCACCAUUAGCGACGACUCCAAUCCCAACCCGUCACAAAAGGUACUACCGUUGCCUCCGCCCAUCACUCCAACCGCCGCCUCAAGGAGGUUCAAUUUCGAGGAAUCGGGCAGGGUCAGGCGGGCCUCGACGUUCUCCACCUCGUCAUCGCGGUUCGUGGUCCCGAGGGACCCGUUCUUCGCGGCAUUGGUGGAGUGCUCCAAAGGCGACGGGAGUUUUAGCGACGACCAGGAGCUUUUGAGUGGUGGUGAAAGGGCGAAGGUGGGAAGGAGCAUUAGCGACCGGUUCGGUUUCGUCGGGAUGUACGCUUCGUGUAAGCGGACGUGCGCCGUGUCGGAGUCUAUUGUGUACAUGCCGAGGUCGUCGCCGGGCCGGCCGUCGUACGAUCUGCUCAGCCGCCGGCGGUGA